CCUACACCAGCUUGCUGAACUGCACCCAAAGGAGUUCAUCAAAGAACCUUGAUCACAUUAAUACAGGUGACAGAGAUUCUAUAUAAAAUUUAUUAGGAUUCUCCAACUUUCCAAAGAGAAAAUGGUGGAUUAUAAAGUGACUGUGUUCACUGGCACCCGUGUCACUGCCACAACUUUAGACCGUGUCCUCAUUAAGCUGGUGGGCACGGAUGGUGAGAGUGAUUGUGAGAAGCUCAUCAAAAGGACUACAGUGAUAGGAGCAGUGUCUGAUUUUACCAUAUCCUGCCCUGUCUCCAUCGGAGAGCUGCUCCUCAUAGAAAUACAGAAACAGUCAUUUCUAUGGAUAACACACGAUGACUGGUUUCCUGCCAAGGUGGAAGUGCAAUCACCUGAGGGAAAAACUUAUACCUUCCCCAUCUACCGCUGGAUCACUGAUAGAGAGGUGCACCGCUUCAGAGAGGGAAAAGCUCUGAGAGUCUUUGAUGAAACACAUCAGCUUUGCAAGUUAGAUCGAGAGCAGGAGUUGAAGAACCGAGCGAAAGAAUAUUGCUGGGAUGAAUAUGCAGAGGGAAUACCCCACACAAUAAAGGCAGACAACACUUCUUCUCUGCCCCCUGAGGUCCGCUUUUCCUUCAACAAGAAAAUGGAAUUUGGCUUUAAUCUUUUGACACGAUUGGCUGAGCUGAAUCUGCAGGGGUACUAUUACAAAAAGAAGAACUGGGAUGAUAUUGAUGACAUCGAUCAUGUGUUCUGGAGCAAACGGACUGCGAUAUCAGACUAUGUCCAGGAACAUUGGAAGGAGGAUGCUUUUUUCGGCUACCAGUUCUUAAAUGGUGUCAACCCCAUGCUGAUCCGACGUUGUACAGCCCUGCCCGGGAAUUUCCCUGUCACUGAUGAAAUGGUCCAGUUUAGCUUGGAGGACGAAAUGAAGGAAGGCAACAUAUUCCUGUGUGACUACAAGCGUUUGGAUGGAGUGGAACCAAACGCCAUCAAUAAUAAGAUUCAGUACUUGAUGGCUCCCCUUGUCCUUCUCCACAAAAUACCUGACAAUAAGCUGAUGCCAAUUGCCAUUCAGCUGAAGCAGACUCCAGCCGACGACAAUCCCAUCUUUCUUCCUACUGAUGAGUGCGACUGGUUGAUGGCCAAGAUGUUUGUGAGAAGUGCAGAUUUUCAUGAGCAUGAGUACAAUGUUCACCUGCUGCGCACUCAUCUGCUGGCUGAAGUCUUUGCAGUGUCACUACUGCGCAAUGUGCCCAUGGUGCAUCCACUGUACAAGCUCCUCAAACUUCACACUCGCUACACUAUGCAUAUCAACGUCUUGGCUCGACUUACACUGAUAUCCAAGGAGGGAAUUUUACCACAGAUUUCAGCGUGCAGUAGAGAGGGUAUGAUCACAAUCCUGAAGAAAUCACUGUCCACCAUGACCUACAGCUCCCUCUGUAUACGAGACGACAUCACUGAGCGUGGGGUGGAGGAUGUGCCGAACUUCUACUACAAAGAUGACGGACUCUGGCUUUGGGAUAUCAUCCACAGGUUUGUGCAUAAAGUGCUCAGCUACUACUACAAGAAUGACGAUGAGGUCCAACGAGACACUGAACUGCAGAAGUGGAUUUUGGACAUUUUUGAACAUGGAUUCCUUUCCCAAGCAGGCACAGGAAUUCCAGAAAAGCUUUCCACCGUGGAUGACUUGGUCAAGUAUGUCACCAUGGUGAUCUUCACCUGCUCAGCACAGCACGCUGCAGUGAAUGCUGGACAGUAUGACUAUAGUUCCUGGAUGCCCAACACUCCCACCUCCAUGCAACACCGUCCACCAACCACAAAAGGGACAACGAUGGUGGAGACAAUCCCUAACAUUAGCACAACAGUGAAGGGAAUGGCAACCAUGUGGCUACUCAGCCAGCCACCUUCUGACUUUGUCGCUCUCGGUGAUUAUCCGGAGGAACAUUUCAAUGAGGAAGUUCCCUGCGAGGCGAUAAAGGAUUUCCGACAUGAGCUUAAAGUGUUAAGUGCAAGAAUCAGAGUAAGAAACACGAGCCUGGAAAUCCCGUACACAUACAUGGAUCCAACAGAGAUAGAAAACAGUGUGUCCAUUUGAAUGGUGAGACCUUCUGAGCUGCCAAAUUCAGCUUCAUAUUGACAAAAGUGAAAAAAGGAAGAACUGCAUGUUUUUAACUGAUCUGUGAUUUUAAGCAGUCUACUUGAUUUAACUGUGGUUAAUACAUUGAAAUGCAUAAUAAAUUGACUGCUUUAAAUUAUAAUCCACAUCUUAAAUCUUUUUGGGUCAUUAGUGAAUUUCCAGGGCAUCUCAUUAAAAAAACAUUAUGAAUGUAAAAUCCAAAAUGUGCAGCUGCUACAUUGAGAAGUUUCCUAUAAACACAAGUGUUACAGCCACCGCUUUGUCGCCCAUGUAUAUUGCAAUUUGUUCUAUUAUUCAAUGUAAAUACAGGUGUGGGAUCACCAGGCUCCGAUUGGUCCCCACCUGAGGGGAGGGGCCCAAUUCCCGGCAUCUGGUCAUUUAAACUCGAACCGCCAAAGCAUCAGGGCGGCUUGUUUUCUUUGUGUUGAACUAGCUUCGUUAGUUGCAACAUUUGUGAAUGUUAACAGUGGUUAAAUUGUUUGUGGAGGUUAUUUCCAUUUGUUUCUGGGACUGGGCAGGGUUUAGUUUAAUACCGUAGAAUAUUUCUGAGAGACCCAUUAGUUUAGGGGUGCUGUUUUUUUGUUAUUAAGUGUUCGAUUUAGAUAAAGAUAGGGAUGGUAGGGUUUUUCUUUCUCAUUUUGUUUAAUCUAGAUAGCGUAGGCUCUGGUAAGAGUUUUCUUUUUGUUAUAUAUAUAUAGUAGUCUGCAGUGUCGGACAAUUUCAUGUCACCACUGAGCGCAGCUCACAUAUCCCAUGCCCCUAUUGGUUGUGGGCGACUGAGGUGUGGUAGCAACAACCUGAGCAGACUGAUACAUGGUCACAGCUGCAAAUCUAAUUUACUGUAAAGUGUAACUCAUUUCUGUUGCGCAAUUCUCUUAAGACACGAUCUCCACCAUGAGUCAAGGUUGUUUCUGCUACAAAAAAAAAUAGUUACACAGUGGUAAAAACUCUCUUGGUGGACCCGGCCCUCUCAAACUUAUCGUGUUCCUAGAACACUAAUUAGUUAUGACCAUAUAAUAAUGGCAAAACAGUACGAGGUACUUAAUCUAGACAUAUUCUUGUCUCCAAAUUAUAUUAGGUAGAGGCUGGAAAUUUUCUUUGAGGAUGAUCAGUCACCAUCCGUCAUAAAUCCGAUCAACCAAGGGAUGCCACUUCUGAUUUGUUUAAUUUGUGAAGUCUGAAGUAAUGACUUUUGGUAGCUUUAUUCUUUGCAAAGAAGGUCAAAAACUUGAGUUCACACUUGUGAUGAAACAACUGAACUGAGUCAAACCAGUUCUGUGGUUAGACAUAGCAGCAUCCCAAGCAUUAGAAUAACAGGCUGCACUAAACUUUCCCAUUACACAGGUGUACCGCAGGUGGACAGUGUCAGUCAUUUGUCAUUGUUUUAAUUAAACUGUCUGUAUUAAAUUUUAGAGAUUCGAAUUAACUUUAUGUUAACCUUUGAGUCUGCAGUUAGUGGUGUUUUGGAUUGCAGUGUGUUGUAUUGGAAAAUGUAUCUACAGUAAUUACAGCGAGUAUGACCAUAUACACAAAAAAGGUAGCACUCUUAUUGUACUAACAGUGAGAGAUAAACGUAUAGUGUUAGGCCCUUAUGACAGAGGAAAGUCUCUGCAUUACCUGGAGGCAAGUUCUUUUUCUUUUAUGCAAAA